AUAACACACACACAGUGGAGUUGACACCUCCCCAAAACCUCGGCAGCGGCUAAGCUGCACAGUCGACAUGGCAAGGAAAUAUCGCAACGUUUUCCUCAAGGGAGAUGGAUACCUUCCACGUCGUUUGGAAUGAUAUUCAUCACACGAUGUGAUGCAAAAUCCACAAUGUGUGACGACAUUUGAGAACGAUUAAGUUCGGAAGAAAAAAAAUCUUGAUUCCAGUGGAAUCUUCCCCUUAUAAUAUUUUUCCUGUGUUCUUGCUAAUAUUUUUACCACAAAUACACUCACCUCCUUCAACCUGAAACAUGCCAGUUCAAGCGCCACAAUGGACGGAGUUCCUCUUGUGCCCAAUCUGCACACAGACGUUCGAGGAAACUGUGCGCCGACCCAUCAGUUUGGGCUGUGGGCACACAGUCUGCAAGAUGUGCCUGAACAAGUUGCACCGUAAGGCCUGUCCAUUUGACCAGACGGCCAUCAGCACAGACAUUGAGCAGCUACCUGUCAACACAGCUCUGCUGCAGCUCGUAGGAGGCCAGGUUCCUAAAUCUCAGCCAGUUGCCUUGAUAACCAGUCCAGAGGACUCACAGCAUUAUGAGGAGGCGAGGCAAUGUGUGGAGGAACUGGCCCUCUAUCUCAAACCCCUCAGUAACACCAGAGGUGUGGGUCUGAGCAGCACGGCUCAAAGCAUUCUGAGUCGACCAAUGCAGAGGAAAUUGGUAACUCUGGUCCACUGUCAGCUUGUCGAGGAAGAGGGUCGCGUAAGAGCCAUGAGAGCUGCGCGCUCUUUGGGGGAACGGACUGUCACAGAACUCAUCUUGCAGCACCAAAAUCCACAGCAGCUAUCCUCCAAUCUAUGGGCUGCUGUUCGUGCCAGAGGUUGCCAGUUUCUUGGCCCAGCAAUGCAAGAGGAAGCACUGAAAUUGGUCCUUCUGGCUCUUGAGGAUGGCUCAGCUCUGUCCAGAAAAGUGUUGGUUCUCUUUGUUGUCCAGAGGCUUGAACCUCGUUUCCCCCAGGCAUCUAAAACAAGUAUCGGCCAUGUGGUGCAGCUCCUCUACAGGGCCUCCUGUUUCAAGGUGACCAAGCGUGAUGAAGAUUCAUCACUCAUGCAGCUUAAAGAGGAGUUUCGCACUUAUGAAGCUCUACGACGUGAACACGAUUCCCAGAUUGUUCAGAUUGCCAUGGAGGGGGGGCUGCGUAUCGCCCCCGAUCAGUGGUCGUCUCUGUUAUAUGGAGAUCAGUCUCACAAGUCUCAUAUGCAGUCCAUCAUUGAUAAGCUGCAGACUCCUGCAUCCUUUGCACAGAGUGUUCAAGAGCUGACAAUUGCUCUGCAGCGUACAGGUGACCCAGCCAACCUCAACCGGCUGCGGCCACACCUGGAUCUUCUCGCUAAUAUUGAUCCAAGCCCUGAUGCUCCUCCUCCUACAUGGGAGCAGCUGGAGAAGGGGCUGGUGGCAGUGAAGACCGUGGUUCAAGGUUUGGUGGAUUUCAUCCAGAAUCACAGCAAGAAAGGAGCUGACCCGCAGCAGCCGCCUCAGCACAGCAAGUACAAGACCUACAUGUGUCGGGACAUGAAGUUAAAGGGGGGCUGUCCUCGGGGAGCCAGCUGCACCUUUGCUCAUUCUCAGGAAGAACUGGAGAAGUACCGCAAGAUGAACAAGCGUCUGGCAGCUCGACUGCCUGGCUCUGGUGGACUCAUGCCAGAUGAGGGCCUCCCGCUUGACGUAUCUGUGACUCGGAAGCCUUCCCCCCUCACGAACGGGAGCGGUUCAUCGUCUUUGCCUCAGCUCAUUCCUCGUGGCACGGACACGUAUGAACUGUUGCGUAAACCAGUGAAAAUGGAUGGAGGAAGUCCGAAUGCCCCAGGAUCGCCACCAGAUCCCUUGGAUCCUGGACCGAAACCUGGCAUGCCUCUGCCACCCCAUGCCAUGGCCCAUCCCAGACUGCCUGCAGACCAUCUGCCUGGGAUGAAGCAGAUAUCUGUGGUGCCCAGAGGGUCAACAGUGUACCCACAGCCACAGCUCUCUGAGAUGUUCUACCCUGAGAGCAGACCACCCCCUUCUGCCUCUCAGUAUGAAGCCUCACAGUACCCACCAGGAUACCCCUAUCAACAAACUCCACAAUAUGUUUCACCAGAUUACAAGCGUAACCAACCUCCUCCAAGUGAGUUUGGCCCCCCCUACCAUGAUCCCUACCCUGGCUACGGCCCGCCCGAGCGCCAGUACCCGGCAGCUCACUCGGGUCCACCAUUUUCUUACCCUCAUCCACCGCAUUUUGAGAGAGGCCGCCAUGGCGCAUACACUGGCCCCCCGCCUCCUCCCCAGCCUUACCCAUCACCGAGGGAUGGUCUUGUCAGGAUGAGUCCCGCCCCGCUCGAUGUGCCUCCUCCAUCAGCGGGUCCCACAAGCUCACUGUACCACCCUGAGCCUGGGGCUCGGGAACGCUACCAAGCUGAUGGAUACUACCAAACACAGCCCCAAGCAAUGCGGGCUUAUGGUCGAGGGCCGUCAUAUGGAGGGUCUCAGCCAAGCUUGGACUACUUGCACCGGCGUCGCCAAGAGCUCUUGUCUCAACUUGAGGAAAGGAAGGUGGUCUCCCCUCCUCCAUUUGCAGCCUCCCCCACUCUCUCUCAUCCUUUCCCCAGUGACUACCCUCCUGAGUACGGUGACGAAAGUUCUAAAUCGCUCGGGAAAUGCAGAGAGACGGAUUACACCGGGCAAUACUCUCCCUGGUCCUGUGAAACUAUUGGUUCAUACAUAAGCAAGGAUGCCAAACCCAAAGAUGUCAUGGUUCCUGGAGCCAUGGAGAUGAUUAACAUGGAGGCAAAGGUUUUGAGAGAGCCGUCGUUGGAUGCACCGAGACGAGGGGCUGAUGUGAAGGAUGAUGACCCCAUUAUUCCAUUUGGACCCCAACCCACGGUAUCCCGCUUCGGCGCCAUCUCCCGUACCUCGAAAACUGGCUAUCAGACCACUGGUCCUGUGCAGGCAAUGGCGUCGACUCCCCAGAGUACCAACUCUAAACACAUGGCUAUGCCAGAAUAUCCAUACGGAAGUCAUGUGGGAUGGGGCGGAGCCUCGUACCCCUCCCACCCUACUGCCACCUCCUCUCAGGGACACUUUAAUGAGCGCCAAUCCCUGGCAGCUCCUGAUCGAGAACAGUUGAAGAUUGAGCUGCAGCAGGUCACCCAGCAGAUCAACCAACAGACCCAGAUGCACAGCAUGGAGGCUGCAAGUAACUCCUUGCUGCUGCAGAGGGAAGCCAGUGCAAUGGCCGCUCAAACUGUGCAGACCAGCCAGAACCAGGCAGCUGCAGCAGCAUCCCAGCAGCACCAACAACCCAAAUGGCCAACAGGUGGCGCCAGCGCGACCUCCGUCUCCAGCGAGCAGUUGAGCCUGGAGCUCCACCAGGUAGAGCGAGAGAUCGGCAAAAGGACCCGAGAGAUGGCCAUGGAAAACCAAGUUUCCCAUGAUGUCCAGCAAUACAAGAUGAAACCCUCCGAGAACGGACAACCAGAGCACAAGCUCGAGGAAAUCUCCUUGGUUCUUAGCGAGGUGUCGAACGGCUCCAGCAGUUUACAGGACAGUGCUGUGGGAGGAUCCAUGCUGUCGCUGACCAACAAGGCGUCCGCUCUCAGCCUGUGUUCAGACCCAGUUUCCACUGGCGCCGAGAUCCAGAAGAAUGGCGUGGUCCACUCCUGUUCUUAGGAAGUACACACUUACAAAUGUUGGAUAUGCUCAAGUGAAAAGCAUGCACAGACACACAUGCACCCAUUCUAUUUAGAAGAUGAUGAGCAGUAUCUGCCGUGAUAUGAAUUUUCUUUCUUUUUGUUCUGUGAAUGAGCUUUUUAAAUGACUUUCCUUGCCUGGAAACCAGGGCAUAAGAUAACAAGUGUUUUUUUCUUUUGUUUUGUUUUAACUGGGAAUAUAGUUUAACAAAGACCAUGAUACACAAAAGUCCAGAUCGAUAAUGGUGGUGAUGUCCAGAUGCAGAAUAUGUUUUUGAUUAAUCUCCUCCCCUACUCCCCUGUUUUUUUUUUUUGUUUUUUUUGUUUUUUUUUUUAUUUUAGUCCAGCGAAUUAAAGUUGCAUGCACCUUUUUCAGUACAGUUCAGAAAAAAAAGACGUAAUGCUUUGGUACGCAUCCCCAAAACCGUAAGACAAAAACAAGAAUGGCGCCCGGAUCUCGACGACCUGCGGAGGGAAAGCCACAAAACUAUUCACCAGUGUUCACUGAAGAAGUAGCUGCAAAUCAAACGACUGUUUUGGAAGUCACAUUUGCACAACAUGCGCUUCCUUAUCUGCCUUGAGAAGUAUGAUUUUUAUCAUAAAUUUUUAUAACCCUAUAUUUUUCAUACUUAAAAGCAGUCUCAUGAUUAUGGAAUUGAAGCAUUCUGUUUUAAGGAUUGCAACAAGUCUUUUUGAUAAGGGAAUCUUUUUUGUUUUUUCUUGGUUCUUCUUACCGUGGUGUGUGCUCGCUGAAUUCUAACUUAUUGACACGUUUAGAGUUUAUUUUAGGGGGAAGGGUGAGUGAUCAUGUGAUGAUUGGGUUGUUCCCUCCGCAUAGCUUCUCCUCCGGCCCCAUACAAAACCUCCCCAUUGGGAUUAUCUUGUCAUUUGUUCACCUAACUUCUAUGAAGUUGCCUUCCCUUGUGUCUUUUUGUUUAUUUUUUUUUUUCAUGCUUUAUGUAUGUUACGGUUUUGGGGGUGAUGCUCACCAAAUUUCCUUUUCCCUAAAUACACCUAUACAUAUUUACCUUCAGUCGUGACUUGGAAGUUGCAGUUUUUGACAUCGACGCUGUGCUGGUUGCAGUCCAGUGGGUCAUUUGGAUCUGUGUCAGUAGGUCUUGACCUGUGGUUGCUCGCCUUCGCAGCGGCCUUGCAGUGUGCAGACAUACCAAAAAUACCACACCAGUUUUAAGGUGCAUUCAAGUGCUGCGUGUUUUCUUAAGUAGUGCUCACAAAUCCACUUCUUUCAUGAAUUAAAUCUUCACCUUUUACUUUCCUCCACCAAUCCCCUCCUGAAACUGCUCUCUAAGCUUCAAGUGUAUUUGUUUUUCCGGCUGCUGCCAUCACCACCAUUAUCGCCCAUUAUUUUCCCGCAAUAGCUGUUUGAUAUCCGACUCAUGGCGCCCCCUGCCUUUAAGCUUUUGCCAUUGUCGGCAGCUGCGCAAGUGAACGGUUGAACUCCAAAAAAAAGUAAGCCUCUGGGUCUCAUUUUAUUGCCUUGCAAAUGAGGGGAGGGACCCUUGUCUGGCGGCGAGUCCCCGAGCGCUGAAUUGAAAACGGACACAAAUGUCACUUUGUGUCUGGAUUGUUGCUUCUGACCAUGCAUUUCCGGUGAAUGUUUGCAUUUCCCUGCCACCGCGGUUGAAGCUUCAGGCGACUCCCUUGCUUUCCCUUAGGUACAUGACUCACUUAUUCAUACGAGUAUGUAAGCAUACAUUAAUAUACUAAAGCACUAUUAAUGUGCCACCUCUUAUUCUACUCGCUCAGCAUUUAUAUUAAAUGAUCUCUACUUGGAAUCAGCAUUUUUUUUUUCUUUUUUUUUUUUUUUUAAAACGUUCUGUUGUUUUUCUGUCCACUGGUUGCCAACACAGACUUUAUCCUUUCCCAGACGAAGGACUUCUGUGCGCAUUGAUGUGAGCUCACUUAAUCUUUUGUGUUCAAACAAAGAUGUUCUUUAUAGACUAUUCUUCCGAAGAAGACAAAAUGAUGUAACUUUGGAACAUUUACGGAGACUUUAUGGAGUUUUGUGUGUGUGCUAGAUUGUAUUGUAGAAAUGUGCGCUGACUUGUUCUAAUUUCUUUUUUCUUUUUUGUUUUCAUUUUAUUUGAUGCCCCAGAAUUGUGCUGUAAUGGGUGAUGAUGUUUAAGUAUUAGAAAAUUGUCGGGGUCCCCUCUUUCUCCCCACCACAUUCAGGACAAGCUUGGCCUUACAAACCCGCCGCCUCUGCUUUGAGAGUUGGCGAUAAUCCCCUUCCAAAAAACACACACAAGAGUCCCGACCAAAUGGACUCUGAAGCUAUAUGACAAUUGGAGUAUUUUUUGUUUCAGGACGUGUUUUUGUUUUCCUCUUAGUGAUCCGCAACAGUUUCAGCUAGUCUCUAACCCGUCAUCUGUCCCGAUAUCUAGUCAGCAGCUGACUGUCGGAGCGGCCCGAUCUUCCUACUUUGUCUCCACAGGAAGCUGUUGAGUCAUGACAGUGUGUUGUUUGUUUAUCCUUCUAUAUAUGAAGUGCAAAGCAACAAAUGCUGACCCUGCCAGAAUCGUCCGGCCCUGGUGAGGCUGGAACAUUUGGCGAGCGGCAACUCGACGUGUUCGAGGGUGUCCUAUGAAAUCUUUCGUGUGGUUUCUUCUUCUUGUUUUUUCUUUUUUUUUUAAAAACACAAUCUGAGUGGAACUGUUGCCCGCCCCGUGUCGAUGAAGCGAUGAACCCUCCGCUCGCACGCUUGACCACUGAACUCUGUUACUGCUGUUUAAGGCUCACAUUUUAUUCCCUGACUUUCUGGGGACAUUCACAGAAGGCUUUUUAUAUUAUUACUCCCUUGUACAAAAAAAAAAGAUCUCUUAAAUUAAGGUACAGGUUUAAUUUCAGCAAGAAAAAAAAAGGUUUUUAUAUGUAUAUUAUACUCCAUUAAGGAAUGUCUAGAAUUAUCUUCCUCCAAUGUGGAUGUAGCCAUUAUUACGCCAUUUUAUGACUUUGUAAGAGAAUUCACUGUGUGAAAAUUGGUUUGCAUUUUUGUAUAAUACAAUCUGCUUUUUUUCUUUUUUGUUUUGUUUGAUACAAGAUGAAAGUCAAACUGGAAGUUUGAGGAUGGAAAAUUAUGAACCUGUGUAAUUGAUAAACAAAACGUAACUUAUGUACAACAGUGAUUCCAAGCUGAGGGGGGGGAGAUUAAAUGAUAUUGCUAACUCUGACCGUGUCCUUUUUAUUGUUUUGCCAUGUAAUUUUAAAAGCCAUUAUGUGACAUUGUGGGCCUAUUUUAAGUAUAUUUAAAAUAAACUUGAAUGGAUUUUAACAUGGUAAAAUCAUGAGGAUCCUCACUGUGAUUCUGCUCUGUCUUGUCUUUGGGGUGAAGUUCUGCACGUCGUGUACACUGAUGCACCGCUACUAAAUAAACGUUC